AAUUCUGUUAACUAAUCUUUUGUUGCAGUUUGGUUAUCGCACGGCAGAGCUAUUUUCAGCCAAAACGAUAAGUCGCUGUUCAACGUUGUUUUGCUAAAUCAUUUCAGUACUAUUGUGCACAACCUCUGAACCGUACGCGGCCAUGAGUGAACACGAAACUUUGAUCAAUCUGGUGGAGCGUCACGAUCGUGAUCAUGGGGUACGUGAAGUACGCAUAGAACUGCCCUUUGGUGUUAUCGCAGGCAAGUGGUGGGGACCGGAUAAUGUGCGGCCUAUUCUGUGCUUGCAUGGCUGGCAGGACAAUGCCGGAACGUUCGACACGUUGAUUCCUCUGCUACCGAAACAUAUGAGUUUUCUGGCUAUCGACCUUCCCGGGCACGGAUACUCUUCUCGGAUUCCGCACGGUUUGUCCUACCAGAGUAUGAGUGUGCUCAGUUUACUGCUUGCGGUUAUGGCUGAGUACGGCUGGAAAAAAGUCUCUCUGCUAGGACACUCAAUGGGCUCUGUGCUGUACUACGUGUUUGCUGCUAUCUUCCCGGAUAAGGUGGAUUUAUUGAUUUCGUUGGACGCCAUCAAACCUCAAAUUUAUCCGGUGGAGUUUAUUAUCGGACGGCUGAUCGAUGCAACGGAACAGUUCAUGGUGGCUGAUCUUCGCAACCAAGAAAAGUCAGAGCCGCCUUGCUACACUUAUGAGGAAAUGAUAGAUCGCCUGCACAAAGCCACAUUCAAAUCGAUAAGUCCCGAAACCUGCCCAUAUCUGCUUCAUCGGAACAUUAAACGCAGCGCAAAAUUUCCCGAAAAGUAUUAUUUCACGCGGGAUAGUCGGCUGAAGCAUUUUUCCGGGCCUCCAUUUUCACGUGAAGUCAACUUAGACUUGGCCAACCGACUGAACAUGCCAUUCCUCUUUAUUAAAGCCACUCGAUCGUCGUAUUUCGAGGAUAAAAAGUACUAUGAUGAAGUGGUUGAGAUACUUAAAACCAACAAUCCAUACUUUGAGCUUUAUAUGGUGGAAGGAACUCAUCAUGUACAUUUGACGAACCCGGAACGGGUUGCCCCAAUCAUUACGAAGUUUUUGAGCAAAUACUGGAGCAAGGAUGAGGAUGUAGCGAGUAAAUUGUAGGGUAGUUAUGUUAAAUAUUCGCUAUCCCUGUUUUAUCGUGGUUAAGGGACGUUAACUUCUGCAUUUGAGUUUUGUUGCAAUAAAUGAAAUUAAUCGACAUAUAAAA